AUGCACAUCACGAGAGUGCAGGAGGGCAUUGAUGCAGUGGAUUCUGGAGGGAAGCACGCCACUGUGAUCGCAAUCCAGCCAGGCACAUACUUUGAGCAGGUACGAGUCCCCUGCAACAAGACAAACAUUCUGCUGCGGGUGGCAUCAGUCGAAGAAGGGGGCACAGGUGGUGGGGAGGUGGAGGCAAACGCUUUCACGGCAGAGGGGAUAGUGUUUGAGAACGCAGCAGGGCCUCAGUGUGGGGGUGCGUCAGGGCAGAACCAGGCAGUGGCAGUGCGAGUGACAGCGGAGCGAGCAGCGUUCCACCAGUGCAGCUUCCUGGGGUGGCAGGACACGCUCUAUUUGCACCGUGGAAGUGCGUGGUUCAGGGAUUGUCGAGUGGAGGGAUCUGUGGACUUCAUCUUUGGAGGGCCCAAGGCACGAGGAUACUGGAAGGGAUGUGAGGUGGCAGUAAGGGGCAGGGGGUGGGUGACGGCUCACCGCAGGGACCUCACUCAGUGGCCUGACGACACCAAUGGUGCAUUCGUCUUCGAUGCAUGCUCCGUUCAAGACGCGCCUGUGCUGAUGCAUGGGUGCAGCAUUGGAGCCGUGGUGAAGGCAGAGGGGUGGGGCGCAUGGAACUCGGCCACUGACGUGUCUCGCCCUCGAUUUCUCAAGUGGGGGUGCACUGGACCCCGUGCUUCAUUGGCUCAUGUAUGA